UAUAACCCAGCUGUUCUGCAACACAUCAUUCUCUCAAGAAGCCGAUGUCGGUGGUAGUUGGUGAGCUGUUGCUGAGCCUGACACCACUCUCCAUAGAUUGUCCUUGAGACUGAGGAGGUUGCAUCAGGUUCAAUAUCCCUCCAUCUAACACUGCAAUACCUCCUCUGGAGACUCAGAAUAUCAGCGGGCGAAAUGAGGGUUCUGCUGCUGAUCCUGGUUUCUCUGACUGCAGAUUCUGCGCUCAGUGAUCCGUGUGUAAACCACACCAUCCUGGAUCAGUCCUGGAGGAGCAUAAAAUGUUCUCACACUGAGUGUAGCAACAGCCAAUGGAUGGAUGAUAGAAAUCUUGAAGUGGGAUGGUACAGAUUUAACAGUUCCGGCGGACAAAAGAUUCCCGAGACAUUCGUUCCACGUUAUCACUGCUCUGGCAAGAGACCAGGCUGGUUAAAUGGUCCGCAUCCCAGCGUUGAAGAGGGGGAGGUGACCAGGACCAUCUGCUUCCGUGAAUAUGAAUACGCCUGUCGCAGGAACCAGGAGACCAGGGUGAAAAACUGCGGCAAUUAUUUUGUGUAUCUGCUGAAGCCGACAUCCUAUAAUGACACUGUGAUUUGUACAGCUGCUGCCUCCGCAUUCGGUGAUCCGUGUAUAACCCACACCAUCCUGGAUCAGCCCUGGAGGAGCACAGAGUGUUCCAACACUGAAUGCACUGGCCCACAAUUGAUGGAUGAUAGCAAUCUUGAAGUGGGAUGGUACAGAUUCAACAGUUCAGGUGGAUGGAUGGUUCCCGAGACUGUUGUUCCAGAUGGUCACUGCUCUGGAGACGACCCUGGCUGGUUAAACGGUCCCCAUCCCAGCGUGGGAGAGGGAGAGGUGAGGAGGACAGUGUGCUUUACCUCGGGUGAAGACUCCUGCUGGACUACCCAGGAGAUCAAGGUGAAAAACUGUACCAGUUACUUUGUGUAUCAGUUGUGGCCAACACCGUACAGUGCCGUGUAUUGUACAGCCACAAACUCUGAGCCUGGUGAUCCAUGUGUGAACCACACCAUCCUGGAUCAGCCAUGGAGGAGCACGGACUGUUCCAGCACUGAAUGCACUGGCGGCCAAUGGAAAACUGAUAGAAAUCUUGAAGCAGGAUGGUACAGAUUUAACAGUUCUGGUGAGUGGAAGGUUCCUGAGACUGUCGUUCCAGAGGGUCGCUGCUCCGGGGCGAGCCCAGGCUGGUUAAAUGGUCCACAUCCCAGCAUUGGAGAGGGGGAGGUGUCCAGGACCAUCUGUUUCACCUUGAGUGGAAACUCCUGUUACAGGAAACAGGAGAUCAAGGUGAAAAACUGUACUGAUUACUUUGUGUAUCAGCUGUGGCCGUUACCUUACACUUACAUUUACUCUGUGUAUUGUACAGAUAUGGAGACUUCCACAAAGGAACAGCUGAAAGCAUCAUCAACUGGAGAACCAACCCAGGAACCAUCCUCUGACCCAGCAGGAGAUACAUCCUCAGAUGGACUCUCCGGGCCCGCUCCAGGAACCGAAUCUCAGACUAACUCUGAUGAAGGAGAAGAGGACAAGUGGAUUCAAGUGAAGGUGACCUCCAAUGGCGACAUGAGUGAGGAAGAACUGAUGGAAGCCACGCGUGAGAAGCUCCGGGAGAUGUUCGGUGAUCCGGACCCGCGGAUCGAGCUGGAGCAGUGCUCGGCGGACCCUCCAGAAGACUGACAGUGACCGAGCAAUCAACGUGCCGGCGCCCGCCAUCCCAUCCCCUUACCCUCACAGCCUCGCUGCUGCAGCUUUGCCUCACGCCAGCGUUGCUUCUUUGCGCUGUUGCUGCCCUGUUGAUUCUCUGCACGCUCCGGGGUGCAAUCUUUAACGAAGUACGAUCCCAUUGAGCAGUGACCCUGGGACAGUAGACCGAGAGUGGCCCCACAGACCGGCCUUUUCAGAAGGAGCAGAUCUCCCUCUUGAUGAGGAGAUUGAUCACAUACUUCCUGAGUGUACAGGUCCUCUGUAAACACCGAUAACAUCGACAGUCCUCACUUCAAGAACACUCCUGGGGAAGUGUGAGCUAUCACACAACCUUCCACAGUGCACGGAGCCGCUGUAAACAGUGAUACCACCGACACUCCUCACGACAAAUCCGCCGGGGAAGCGGAGACUCUCGGGUGCUAGUAGAAUGGAAUAAUGAGGUGCUGCUGGGCUUUGCUGAACAAAUUUAUCGAAAAUUUGUUUUUGCUGAGAGCUGAAGUUAUGUGUGACAGAAUUUAUUGCUUUUGAUAAAAUGCCGAAGUAAACAAAUAUAUCCUCGCCUCGAGGAAGGAGGUAUCCUGAGCUCCAGACGAAGUCAGGAAGUCUCCGUGACUGACUGGGUGGAGUAGUCAGUGUCACAUCCUCCGCCUCUGGCAGAGCUGAAGUGUUGAAGGUGGAGAUCGGACAGGAUGGUUGGGUUGGGAGGUGACAUCAUGGACAGAAGUCAGGAGGCAGAAGUUAGUGGCCAGGGCAGGGGUUCUUCACCAGAGGCAGAACCUCAGCAACGAGUACCAGUGAGCGAGGUAGGCGCGGCGGGGAGGAGUGGAUUGGAUGGUUGGGGGUGGGACGUACGAAAUCUCCACCCAGUAAGAAAACGCUUCCCCUACAUCUACUCAUACACACACCUUCCAUCUUUCAACACCAUAAAUCGUGCACGCACAUUCCCCCUCUCUGGGUCACCUACAUAACCCUUUCUCUUACACAUAUCCACUCCCAAAUAUCUUCUAUUUCUCUUGCAAACACCCAUAUUCUCCAUUUUACAUUGUGUGUGUUUCUCCCUCUCUCUCUCAAACACACACACACCACACCACACACGUCUCACACACACACACCACAUCAGUCUCUUCCGUUACACUCCGCAUCUCUGAAGCGCGCACAAAUAGUAACCAAAGUCGCAAUCUGACCACACACAAACACACAUUCACCCACAGACACCCUGCGCGCACGCAGAUGUACUAGAACUACACACAGACUCACAUUCGCGCACAGACACUUUGAUACCGCAGCAGCGUGUUCUGACAACACACUGGUGGGUGGGUGGGUGCGUACACAUGCACACGCACACACACCAAUGCAAAGGCACGAAUCCCCCCACAGACUGUCCUUCACUUUCCCCCUUCUUCCCUCAGUUUACAUUUCCCAAUCACCCCUCUCCUGUCACUCACCCCCUCCACGGUAUUCCUGACCCUCUCCAGCCGCCCGCUCUCCCUCUGUUCCGUAUUCUCACACCCCCAUUCUCCCGCUCUCCCACUACCCCUUACUUCCCUAUUUCCCGAUCGAUCCCUUCCCACUACACUCCACCGUCGACAACCCCUGCGCCUCGUCCCGUCAUUGUUCCUUCUCGCCCAUGUCACCACUCGCCUUUGGUCAUUUCUUCCUCACCCCCAGUGCCCCCCUGCCCCACUAUCACUCCCACCACAGCAGUCCCACUGAACUAGCAUUACAAACCACAGCUCAUCACUGGGGCAGACAAGCGGAAGGUGCUGACGUCUUCGCCCACGUCAGUCAGGGGAUGGUUAGAACAUUGGGGUCAAUCCUGCAGUGAAACAUUUGAAGUUGGACCCGUGAGCGGACGGGAAUCAGGCUGCGCAGCUUCCGUCGAUAGACACGGCGACGGGGAGUCUGGAAUAAAGUGGCAGAGGGUCAGUCUGGAAGGGUUUCAAAGGCCAGGAACUGGAACUCAGAGCUCGGAUUCCUUUGAGUUGUUGAAUAUUAUUUGAUUAUUAAGCUGAUAUUUUGAACUGAUAUUGCAUGAUGCGUGUGCUCAAUAAAUCUGCAACUGCUUGACCGCAA